CUCUCAGUUAUAAUCAACCUACGAAAACGUUCUCAAUUGUAUUUACACGGUAAAUUAGAAUUUGAAAAUAAUUUAACUUGUAGACAAGCAGUAACUUUGAUCAAAUUGGAUAAUGCAACAGAUUGCUGAAUCCUCUUUCUUUGUAACUGGUUUUCAGAUUUUUUCGUUCAAGCUUUUUUCCGAAAGAAAAACUUCGAACCCAAACUGAAAUUAGAGGCUCUAUGUGACACUUAAUAAUCUGGUCAUCUACGAUUUUACAUUUCGAAAAUUUUCAUUUCUUAACAAGAAAGACGUGCCUAAAAUACUUGCUUACAGUGCAAGUGCAACAAAGACAUUACUGUUUUUUCAUUAGAAUGUAAAAGGGGAAAAAGUGUCAAUUAUUCUUAAUUAAUAAAUUAUUUUUUUAGUGAAUUAAAACUUAAUCAAAAUUUGCGUGUUGUCACAUUUUGGGACCAAUGAUAUUUUAAAGCCAGUUUUGUAAUCUGAGAUUUUAUUAAUAUGGGAAAAAAUUAUUAUUUAUAGUUUAUCUAUAUAUUACAAGUAUAUAGGUAUAUACUAUCUACUGUAUACUAUAUACUGUAUACUAAGGUUUUCAAAAAAUCCAGAUUGAAGAACUGGCCCCAAAAUUUAGAUAUCGUUUCGAUUGUAGAACUCAGUUAGUAUAAUAAUUCAGAAUGCUUGGUAAAGUAUCCAGAAUCUCUUCUCCUGUUUCUUAUUCUGAAAAGCCUGAUACUCUUGAUGCCGACGAACAAACUAUCAAAUUCAAUGAAAUUGUUGAUUUAUUAGUCGCGGCUGGAUAUUUUAGGGCCAGAAUCAAAGGAUUAUCAGAUUUUGAUAAGGUCAUUGGUGGUAUAACUUGGUGUAUCGAAUCAUGUAAUUUCGAAAUAAACGUUAAUUUUUUAUUUCAAGAAAAUCUUACAAUAGGACAGAAAAUUGCUUUGACAGAAAAAAUUGUCUGCAUGUUAUUGAAAAUGAGCUGCCCUUAUCGAAUAGAGCCUCAUCAAGUGCAAGGGUUAGAUUAUAUUCACAUAUUUCCCGUUGUUCAGUGGCUUGUAAAGAAAUCGAUGGAAACAAGAAAAGAAUCCGCUGGCUUCGUAAGAUUCUUAUCUCACUAUCAGUUUCACAAAACUCGUAUUGCAUUUGAGCGAGACUCUAAUGAAUUAUUUAAUGAUAAAGAUUACCAUGAUUUUCAUAUUCGAAUAACAAAAUAUGCUUAUGCACCUCGAAGACGAUUAAAAAGAGAUUUACCACCGACAGCUCAAAUCUCAAAAUUAAAAAGCGCCAUAUUAGAGUAUGGAAUUUCUUCGUUCCCGAUGACAGCAUAUAAAAAUCUUGACACCCUAGAACAAGAUCUUAAUCAUAUAAAAGUUAAACCAAUGUCAGUCAUGAACACUGAAACUGAAUCUCAGAAAUUGUCUGAAAAUGUAAGCUGUUUAGAUGAAAUCUUAGUAGGUGAUAUUAUAAGUUCACAAAUUAAUGAAAUAAUGCAAACUGAGGGACGUUAUUUUACGUCAUGUGCUAAUAAAAAGGACACUGUUGGCGAUAAUAAAUUAUUAGCUGCACUAGAGAACAAAAAAAUGAGUUUGUUGAACCAGAUACCAAAAGUUAAAAGAGACAAAAAUAAGUUAUUUAAGCAAAUUGAAACGUUAAUCCAAAAUUCAAAUAAAAUUUCCGAAAAUCAGCUUAUAAUAGAAAAAAACUCUACUCAACUGAUAAAGUUCAAAUCUAUUGAUAAUAACAGUAAGUUAGGAAAACUCGAGCAACUAAUUGCCGUUCAUAUGAGCUUGAAAGAUCAAGAGAGCAAAUUUCGUGAACAAUGUAAAAAAGAUGUGACUUAUCUGCAAAAAACUUGCGGAAAUACUAAAGAUUGUGCGUCUAUCAAAGAACAGAGUUAUGUUACAGAAUACGAUGAAUUUAAGCUGUCAAUUAACAAGAUUCGACUCAAUUUAGCAAAAAAAAAUCGUGCUUGUGUGUUGUUAACACGACAGCUAGAUGACGUACCACGCCGAUUUGAAUUGACGCAAUAUCAACGUCGAUUUAUGGAACUAUAUAAUCAAGUUUCAGCGAAACAUAAAGAAACAAAACAAUAUUAUACUUUGUACAACACAAUGGAUGAUAGCAAACUAUAUUUGAGUAAAGAAUUGUCUCUUCUAAAUUCAAUUCAAGAUAACUAUAUUAGGGUUAUCUCAUCAAGUGGAAGAGAACAAUUUUUGAAACAAUUUGAAAUAAUAGUUAAAGGCAUCAAGAAAAACAAAGAAAAGGUUGAAAAAAAAUGUAUGAAAGAGAAGAACAGACAAUAUAGUCUGAGCAAGCAAUUUGUAGUGUUCAUGGAGCAACAACGAAAGUACGUAACAGCAGUUCAGCAACUUACAAUUGAGUGUCGCAAAAAUGAAGCUUUACUUGAUCAACUUCGAGUUAUUUAAAUUCAGAAAUGACAAGAAGUUUGAACUUAUUAAAAGUGUGCGCUUCAAAAGCUCUUACUAAUGAAGAAGGGGUUUUUCGUUCAAUCCGAUCACCAGCCAAGGAUUUCCCGCUUUAAACUAAUUAUCAUAAAAAUAAAAGUGGUAGCAGAGCUUAUAUUAGAAAUUAAUUAAAUUAUCUUUUAUCACACCCGAAAAUUUUCAGAUUUUUUUUUUUUUGAAAAAUGACUGGGUAAUUUAGUUGUAUUGACAAUAUGUUUGGUGCCGUUUUAAGGAGGUCAAUAAAUAAAAGUAGUGUUCGAAUUAUUUCGUAA